GAGGCCGGGCUCUGCGGUCCCGCAUCCUGCCAUUCCACCGCACCACACGGAGACUGAAUAGAGCACCAUUAAACGGGGAAUGAUAAGGAAAGGAGGUGGACCGUCGUCCUCUGGUGACUGGCUAUAUGAACCCGCACAGCGUCAGCUGCUCCUGACAAGGCAGAGGCAGAGACGGAGAUGAGGCUGACGGAAAGUAAAGCUGGUGCCGAUUGCGGUCUGCGUCAAACCUCUGGCUGCUUCGGGAGAUGAUGCCCUCGGUGCCUCAUAAAGGACUUUCUGGCUUUAUUAUUUGCUCUUGAACACCCAUGCUGCGGGGGUCCAUGUUAAUAUCUCGGGGUAAACAUCCAGCAGGGACAGUGAUGGCCACCCCAUCUCCAGCCGCCCAGUCACUCUCAGUAUCUGCAUUGUGAGGAGAAACUCGCCCUGGGGGAGUGGGAUUGUGAAGGAAUAUGCAGAGAUAAAACACAAACAAACAAAAACAAAACAAAGAAAAAACAAGCUUUCGUUGUUACAUCCAAACCAGACAUAGUCACAGUUGGAUUACCGGGUGUUCUUGUUUACCAACAUGAACUCGCUGUUUUUCUCCGACUCUCCUCCCGGUACGGCCAGCAACGUCCCCGCCGGGUCGGGCGCGGUGACCAGCGCCCUGCGAAAUGACCUGGGCUCCAACAUCCAUGUGCUGAAAACCCUCAACCUGCGAUUCCGCUGCUUCCUUGCCAAAGUCCACGAACUUGAGAGGAGAAACAAACUGCUGGAGAGCCAGCUGCAGCAGGCUCUGCAGAGACCGCAGUACCGCCACCUUUACACCCGCGAAGUUGCCGUGCAGACGGACGGUCCCCAGUCGCGACUGCCGGGAACCAUCUGGAGUUUCACCCACGUCCGGAGGCAUGGGGAGCGCUUUGAGACCCUGCACGGGCCCGGGGUGACGUGGACGCAUCCGGACGGAGUUGGGGUCCAAAUAGACACCAUCACCCCAGAACUGAGGGCUCUGUAUAACGUGCUGGCCAAAGUCAAGCGGGAGAGGGACGAGUACAAGAGAAGAUGGGAGGAGGAGCUGUCCAAACGGGAGCAGCUGGAGUCCAUGGUGGAAUCCCUGCAGCAGAGUGCCCGGCGGUCAUCAGAGGUCCAGAACGAUCUGAGCGAGAAGGUGGACAGACUGAAGGCAGAACUCGUGGUCUUCAAGAGCCUGAUGAGCGAUCAAAUGUCUGACCUGGACUCCAAGAUUCAAGAGAAAGCCAGGCGGGUGGACAUGGACAUCUGCCGGCGGAUCGACAUCACAGCCAAACUGUGCGAUGUGGCUCAGCAACGCAACUCAGAGGACAUGACAAAGAUGUUCAACGUCAGUCCAGUCAGGUCGCUCCCAGAGAAGGGCGCCAUGGCGUGCUGCAGGAAGAAAGAGCGUAAGGCGAUGUCUGAUGAGGAGAAUUCAGAAAUGGACGCCGAGCCCAGCCUGUCAGAGGAGGAGGUCCCCGGGUCGCUCAACAUCACGGACGAAAUGAAACGCAUGCUCAACCAGCUACAUUGUUCAGAUAACUCCUUUGUUGCCAGGCGCGAGACAUUCGAAAUCGACGACGACUGUGACAGUCUGACGUGGGAGGAAAACGAGGAGACUCUGUUGCUGUGGGAGGACUUCGCAAACUACAACGUGCCGUACGCCAUCACUGCUCCAAUCUGCACAACUACCGGCCCCUGCGAGGGCAACGGUGAAGCCGCUGAUCCAGAUUCCCAGGAUGGAAGUCUUGGCAGCCUCAUUGAUGAAACAGAGUCGCUAUUUAAGAUCAGAGAGCAGGAGUACCAGGAGACCAUCGGCCAGAUCGAGAUGGAAUUGGCAACAGCUAAGAGUGACAUGAACCGACAUCUGCAUGAGUACAUGGAGAUGUGCAGCAUGAAGCGAGGCCUGGACGUGCAGAUGGAGACCUGUCGACGGAUGAUUAAAGGUGGCAGGAACUCUCCCUCUUUCAGCUCUGCGGCCAGCAGCGACUCAGGGAACACAGAUGAGAUCCAGGACGAGAUUUCAGACAAGGACGCAGAGGCCGAAGUGUCCAUUAGUUGAUGGCUGGAUAGCCGGGCUUUGUCCCAUCCCCUCCUGAAAACCCCUUGUUUUCACAGGGGUUGAAUGUGUAUAGAGCUCCACCCUGCUAGAGAGGUGGACCAAUUUAAAUCUGGGUCUGUUUGACAUGUUAAAGUUCUGAUGGUCAUGCUCACUGACGCAGGCCCAGAACUGGUGCUUUUAUACAGUUUCCGUUUGGUUAGA